AAACAAUUGCAUAAUGUCAAGUCGCGUAAAUUCCAAAACACAAGUAAAAUGAUGAAUUUAUCAUGUAAAAUAUGUAGAAAUAACCCGAAAAAACUACUUAAAAGUAUUCAUUACAGUGCCAUAAAUAAUCUAGUUACCAAAUCCAAAGAAGAAACAGUAUGUUUUAAGGCAGUAAACGAAGCUGAAAAAAUUGUCGGGUAUCCCACCUCAUUUUUAAGCCUUCGCUGGUUAUUAAACGAUGAAGUGGCUAAUGUAGCACGACAUAUAAGGAAACUUAUUGGUACAAACCAUCCACUACUUGCAGCAGCAAGAGAUCUCAUUAUAGGAGGCCAAACACCUACAUGGGGCCUAAUUGUGUUGUUAAUUUCGAAAGCCGGCGGUUUAGGGAAAGGAUUCUCCGAUAUAGAUAAAGACGUUACUGCUGGCAUACUCCACAGUCAAAGAGUUCUUGCCGAAGUAACUGAAAUGAUCCGAACCAGCAACAUACUCCAUAACAGUGUUUUAAACAUUUACAAAAAAGAUUUAGAUGAUUUUCCCGAUUUAAAUUAUGGGAAUACUCUAAGUUUACUUACAGGUGAUUUUUUACUUAGUAAUAGUUUUCGUGAACUUGCCGGCUUAAAAAAUCAGGAAGUGAAUGAGUUGGUAUCUACAUGUUUGCGUGACCUUGUCGAGGCUGAAUUUAUUGAACCUAGAGACAAACAAAAUAGGCCUUUGCCAGCUAAACCUUUAGAAAAUCAAGAGAACGUGGAAAUUCCAAACGAAUUUGGAACUGCACCUUUAAAAAUAAAAGAAGUUCUAGGUAAUGCCAAGGCAGAAUGGACUUUAAGGCAUUUUCUAGGUAGUGCAAGUUUAUUAGCUAAGUGUUGCCAAGCUGCUCUAAAAUUAGCAGAUCAUCCGGAAGACUUCCAAAAGCUAGGUUAUUUGUUUGGAAGGAACAUGGCUUUAGCCUGGCAGGCACACUACGAUUUAGAAUGUUUUAAUGACAGUAAACGAGAAAAUUUUAGCUUAAUAUCAGCACCUGUCGUGUUUCAUUUGCAACACGAUCCAAAUUUCUACACUGAAAUACUGAAAGGGUCCGAUGACAUUUACGACUGUGAUUAUAGAAAACUUAAAAAAAUUAUUCUGCAAGGACCUGCAUUAAAAAUUACAGAAAAUCUUAAAGAGGAAUUUGUCGGUACCAGUAUUGAUAUUCUGCAAAAAUUCAAUGACAGUGAUGCUAAGCAGGCCCUGGAGAAUUUAGUGAAAGCUUUGUGAAUCAAAGUAUGCCAUAAUUGCUAUAGUGAAUUUAUGCAGGUUUAUAUUAAAUUAUUAUUUAUUUUAUUUCCUUUAUUUAUUAUUUUUCCUUCACCUCAAUAUUAUACAAAAUAAGUACAAAUCUUAUCGAAUUCAUAACAUUAUCACAGUAGUUUUUU